AUGACGACAAAGAUCUUGAUCUACUACUUCCUGGUGGAGCGCGCAUACAUCGUCCGUGGAUCGCUAAAAGCCCGUCGCCAUACGAAGCUAUGGCUGUUCAACUGCGUCUUCAUGAUGCUCCCGUACACGAUCUUCGUCAUCAUGAACUUCGUCUGGCGCAUCACGUACAUUGAUGACAAGGGCAUGUGCAUAAUCGGCAUGCAGAAAAUCGCCAUGCUGCCUCUCAUCACCUUCGAAGUGGUCGUCAACAUCUACCUCACCCUCCUAUUCAUCGUCCCCGUCCGCAAACUCUACUCCUACCGAAACAACACCAACCCCAAACUCAACCGCAUGGCCUUCCGCUCCCUCAUCGGCAGCCUCGCCACCCUAACCACCAGCGUCGCCAACCUCACCGUCCUCAUGGUCCUAAAAGGCGAACCGGGCUGGAUCUGCCUGAUGUGCUGCAACGCGGACAUUCUCUUCUGCGCCGUGGUCCUGCACUGGGUGACAUCGAAAGACAAGCCAUCCUCGUACGCCUCGAGCCGCAGCCGCUCGCGCAACCUGACGCUGGACGGCUCGCCCUCGACCGGCGCGCAGCGCAACAGCCUCGUGCCCGCGCCCGAGAAAUCCACCUCGGAUGUGAAGGAGGAUGCGUUGGAACUCUGCGCAGAGCACCCCCCGGACCUCAGCAUCUGGCCCUACGACACCGAGCCCGCGACCCCGGUGCCUGCGCGCCUGCCCGGCUGCGUGACGACCGAGAUCCGCAGUGCGGCCGCGCCGGCGCGCGAUAAGAGCCGCAACGGGCGCGUGCUGGUGAAGCGCGAGGAGGGCGGCGCCGAGGAGGUCGAGCUGCAUAAGAUACACGUGCAGCGGGAGGUGUGCAUUGACAGCGGAAGCAGCGAGGACGGGGAGACGGGGUACGGGCGGACGGUGCGGAAUCCGAGUCUGGAGGAUGCGUGGGGGAUUAAGCGGAGCGUGAGCGCGGAGAAGAUGGUGUGA